AAGAAAGAAAAAGAUAAAAAAUAAAAAAAAUCGAUUUCAGAAAAAGCCAUAAAAAAAAAUUAAAAGAAGAUGGCAAAAGAUGACAUAUAGUUGUUAAAUUAACUUGUAAUAAUGUCGAUGCAACAAGAACGAUAUCUGAAGACUAGUGGACUCUCAUGUCUUGUUUCAGCAUGUGUAGGUAUGAGAACUACAGUGGAACUGAGAAAUGAAGCAUUUGUUACAGGCAAGGUUGUGCAAAGUGAUGGAUUUAUGAACAUAACCUUAGAGGAGGUGGAGAUGUUGGAUCCGAGAGGUUCAAUCCUUAAAUUCUCUUCAUUCUUCAUCCCAAACCGUCUUAUCAGGUUUGUUCAAAUCCCAGAGAGUAUUGAUAUGAUCAAAGCACUCGAGGACCAAACUAAGCAAUUGACAGGACGAGGCCGUGGACGAGGACGAGGACAUGGAGGAGAUAUCUCUAAACAGAGGCAGAAAAUCCUCGACAAAAAGGAACGACGUAGACAAGAGGAUAUCAGGAAUGCCAUGAAGAUGAGAACUGCUGGCGGCAAAAUGGAGAAAUGAGAAAUAUUAAUAUUUCAUAUCUCAGAAAAUUCAUUCUGAAUAAAAAUAUUAAAUCUUCACUGUUUCAGA